GGGAAUCGCCAUUGUUUCCCAGAUUUACAGAAGUUUACUUGCACAUUAUUACUGUAACCAAAUUAACGUUAGGCUGUGCUGAGUGUGUAGGUGUCAGUACUUGUCAUACCCACCGCAGGCGCAGUAUAAAGUCAUGUGAUUAUGGGCAUACUCAUGACACUUCAACGUCAUGUUUUAAAAUCAGUGGCUGGCUGGCUGGCAUAAAAUAACAUAUUUAAAAUGGCAAGGCAAUUUUUUGGGUUUAUUACUUUGCUCUGUGUCUACGCUGAGACACAGGGACUUCCAAGGAGGCAUGUUCAGACCAAGCACCAUGAUUCCAACAAAGAUCAACCUCAAUUCAAAGAAAAGUAUUUCACUCAAAUACUGGACCACUUCAACUUCAACAGCAUGGGCAAUGGCACCUACGACCAGAGAUACCUCAUAACAGAUCAAUACUGGAAACGAGGCUACGGCCCCAUCUUUUUCUACACUGGCAACGAGGGGGACAUCUGGGAGUUUGCCCUGAACUCGGGCUUCAUCACUGAGCUCGCUGCUGAGCAGAAGGCCCUGGUCAUAUUUGCUGAGCACAGAUACUAUGGCAAGUCUCUUCCGUUUGGCCAAGACUCCUUCAACAUCCCAGAGGUGGGCUUGCUGACGGUGGAGCAGGCUCUGGCCGACUUCGCUGUGAUGAUCACGGAGCUGAAACCUCAGUUAGGAGCCUCAGAAUGCCCUGUCAUUGUCUUUGGCGGAAGCUAUGGGGGAAUGCUAUCUGUGUACAUGAGACUGAGGUAUCCAAACAUUGUGGCUGGUGCUUUGGCAGCCAGUGCCCCCAUACUGUCCACUGCUGGAAUGGGUGACUCCAGACAGUUUUUCCAGGAUGUUACACAUGAUUUUGAGAGUUAUGCACCAGAGUGCCGGGAUGCCGUGAGAGGAGCCUUCCAGAAACUGCAGGAUUUAUCUGAAGUGGAAGAUUAUAGCCGAAUCCAGGCUGCCUUUUCACUGUGCAAACCUCCAUCUUCCCAGAAGGACAUCCACCAGCUGAACGGCCUUCUGAGGAAUGCCUUCACCCUCAUGGCCAUGCUGGACUACCCCUACAGCACCCACUUCAUGGGGAACAUGCCUGCCAACCCUGUCAAAGUGGGCUGUGAUGUCAUGCUAAGCGGAGCGGAUUUACUGCAAGCCCUCAGAGACACUGCAGGCAUCGUGUAUAACUCGACAGGGAUUCUGAAGUGCUUUGACCUCUACAGCCUAUAUGUGGAGUGUGCUGACCCCACUGGCUGUGGGCUGGGCUUCAACAGCCUGGCCUGGGACUACCAGGCCUGCACCGAGAUUGAGCUGUGCUUCGAGAGCAACAACGUGACUGACAUGUUCCCACCCAUGCCCUUCACGGAGGCACACAGGGAGCAGUACUGCUCCAAGCGCUGGGGGGUUAUUCCUCGCCCCGGCUGGCUCAAGACCCAGUUCUGGGGGAGCGCUCUGUCCUCGGCCAGCAACAUCAUCUUCUCCAACGGAGACCUCGAUCCCUGGGCCAACGGAGGAGUGAGGAAGUCCUUGAGCUCGUCGCUGGUUGCCAUCAACAUAUCCGAGGGGGCUCACCAUCUAGACCUGAGAAGUUCCAAUGAUGCUGACCCUUUGUCAGUGAUCACCGCUAGGAAGACAGAGGCAGACACCAUCUCUCAGUGGGUGAAGAUGGAGAGACAUAGAUCAGAGUGAAACUCCAUCUUGAAUUGUAAUGAUCAUCACAACAACAGUUGUGAAAUGUUGCUCAAUAAAGUAUUUUAUUAAUCUCCA